UCAAAUUGGCGACAAUGUCCAAAAGAAGAUGGGUGGAAUUCAAGAUCUGUCAGACUAUAAGCUGCUCAGCUCCUGUCAGCCGAAGACGUCGAGCAUCCUCCCCUGCUAUGGCCGCUGCCACUGGGACCGCGGUGAUGGAAGACGAGGAGAGGCAAAAGAAGCUGGAGGCCGGCAAAGCAAAGUUGGCUGAGUACCGGCAGAGAAAAGCUCACGCGGACUCCCAGAAGAAACAGAAAAAGAAGAAGAAAAAGAAGCCAGAGGAGGACUCGGAGGGAAGGGUGGAGGUCGAGCCGGAUCGGUCUGUGGGAGGAGAGGAGGGCUCAGGCGGAGGACGAGAUGGAUCACAAGAAGGAAACAAAGAACCACCCACCACAGAAUUUACCUUCGCCAGGACGCUGCGGAGCGGAGAGACUGUCAAACAUGACCAGACCUACACCAUAGAGCCCGAGAGUGAAGUGUCCACUACAGCUGAAGAUUGUUCCUCUGAGGUUAAUGGGUGCCACGAUGAGAUGACAGAGAACCAAAUGAUGUCUUCGAAGGAUUUUAUCUGGGACGAGGUGGAGCCUCUGCAACAGGUGAGAAAGGGAGGUACGAUGGAGGAUGCACUAGCUGCCAAGACCCAGGCAGUAGAGGAGCUGAGUCGAGAGCUUGAAGAAAUCAGGGCUGCCUUUGGCACAGAGGGAGUACAGCAGCUACAGGACUUUGAGGCUGCUCUGAAGCAGCGAGAUGGCAUCAUCACGCAGCUCACAGCUAACCUUCAGGAGGCUCGUGAAGAAAAAGACGAGAUCAUGAAAGAAUUCCUGGAACUGACAGAGCAAAGUCAAAAACUGCAUAUUCAAUUCCAGCAGCUUCAGGCAGGCGAGACACUGAGGAACACCAGCCACAGCAGCACAGCAGCUGAUCUUCUGCAGGCCAGGCAGCAACUUAUGCAGUUCCAACAGCAGGUGGAGGAGCUCCAGCAGAAGCUCAGUGAGGCGGAGAUGUCAGGGAGAACAUCAGAAGAAUCAUUCACGAAAAGGCUAAACGAGAAGGACCUGCAGAUUGCUGAACAAGAAAAAGUUCUUUUGAGCCGGGAGCAGUCGCUGAAGGAGUUAAGAGCGGCCAAAGAGUCUUUUGCACAAACACUGAAAGAGAAAAAUCAGUUAAUUUCAGAGCAAACUGCAAUAAUCACAGAACAUGAAUUGUCAUUAACCCUGCUCAGAGAGGAACUUGUCCAUGUGGGACGGACCACAGGUGAGAGCAUUAUACAUCAGUCAGAUGAGAAAGAACUGAUUAUAGCGGAGCAAGAGAGAGUCAUUUCAGAACGCGAAUGCUCUCUCACCCAACUCGAGGACGAGCUGGAGUCCUCUGAAAAACGCCUGCGUGACCUCCAACAGCGAAUGACUGGAAAAGAGUCUGAGCUUGAAAGAUGUGUGGAUGAGUUGGAAAGCACCAAGUCUGACUUAGAAAGCUGCAAAAACAAAAUAGAGAGUUUUCAAUUAGAAUUGGAGAAAGAGCGAAAGGAGUUGGACAGCUGUAAGGCUGAACUUGCAACCUCCAGAGAAAAAGAGCGAAUGUCAUCUAAUGAAAUCAUGCAGCUCAUGGGCACAGUGGAGGGCCUGCAGAAGCGCUGUCACCAGGGCAGCAUGUCCGAGAGUGACACCGUCCAGAAAAUGCAGGAACAGACUGUGAGGAAGCUCGAACUUCUCAGGGCAGAGCUGGAUGAGAUGUAUGGCCAGCAAAUAGUCCAGAUGAAGCAGGAGGUAAAUUUGCAGCAUGCAGCAAAAGUGGAGCAAAUGGCCGCGCAACAUCGUGCUGAGCUUGAGCGUCUUAAAGCACAACAAUUGUCUCAAAGCCCCGCUGUCAGCACUGUUGAGGUGGACACUCUCAAUGCUAAGAUUAGCAAGCUUCAAGAGACAUUAGAGCAAACCCAAGCAAUGCACGAGAAAGCCAGGCAUGAGCUUAGCCAAGUCACCCAAGAGAAGUUCAACCUGCAGGCAAAGGUUGAGGAUCUUCUUAAAGAUCUCCAUUCUGCUAAAGAAAAAGUGGAGCAGGUCUCCCUCAGUCUUAUCACUCAGGAAAGACAACAAGAUGAACUGCAGCGCCUCCAGGAGACCAUUGAUGAUCUGAGGAGCGAGCUGACUGCUGCUCAUGAAGCUGCACAAGAGGCAGAAGCAAAACACGAUUCAGAAAUAACCAACUACAAGAUCAAGUUAGAGAUGCUGGAGAGGGAGAAAGAUGCUGUGCUUGACCGCAUGGCAGAGUCGCAGGAAGCAGAGCUGGAACGACUGAGGACUCAGCUUCUGUUUAGCCACGAGGAAGAGCUCACGCAGCUUAGGGAAGACUUGCAAAGGGAGAGCUUCCUGAACUCAGAAAACCUUCUCAAUGAAGUCGCUAUCAAACACGAGAGAGCGUUGGAUGAGCUGCGCAUUGGAUAUGAGGAAAAACUGCAUUCGUUGCAACAAGAUAAGGCAAGUUUUGCCACAGAGCGAGAUGAGCUUUUACACCAAAUUCUCGCACUAAAAGAGGACCUUAACUUUGCUUUGCAUGGCUCCAAAGCAGAUGAGCUUGUCCAGCAGCUUCAGGAGCUUCAGGCAGAGCUUGAGGAACUGAGAAAGGGAGGAGAAGAGCGAGCUCGAAUGGAAGGCGAGAUUUGGACGUUGCUAAAAAAGACAGAGGCGCUUGAAAACCAGACAAAAGAGAAAGAACAAUGUUGGGAGAACAAACGGAAAGAGCAGGACUUGGAAAAGGAGAUGUUGAUAGAGUCCAGUAACAAUUUGAGAGAGGAGUUAGACUCAAAAAUUACGAAAAUUGAGACACUCACAGCAGAGAACUAUCAAAUACAGCAACAAGUAGCUGAGCUUAGUGAGGAAAUUGAAAAGCAGAGGAAUACUUUCUCUUUUGCUGAAAAGAAUUUCGAGGUAAACUAUCAGGAGCUGAAGGAGGAGUACACAUGUCUCAUUGAGGCAAAGACACGGUUAGAAGAGAGGAAACUGAAGGAGACACUUGAGUUUGAGGCAAAAAUUGCCAGCCUUCAGUCACAGAUUCGGGAGCAGGAGGAGAAUAGCAGAGAUGGCAAAAUGGAGGACACAAAUACGGAUGGGUCGGAACAAGCUGUGAUAGAAAAAGAUACUACUGAGCUUAUGGAGAAGCUUAAUGUUACUUUGAGGGAGAAGGAAAGCCUGGUUGGGAGGCUUUCCGAAGUUACAGAGCAACUGAUGUUUACGGAGACCAAAGUGGGACAGCUGGAAGAAGAGCUCAUGAAAGUGAGACAAGAAAAUGCGAAGGUCAUCACUCAAAAUGAAAGCCUGGGGAAAGAACUGGAAAAGAAGCAAGAGAUUAUGAGAGAGCAGGCGAGGGGGCAGGGUGCCCAGAGAAAGCUCCAGCAAAAAGAGCAAGCUGUUGAGCCAGUUUGUUCUUUUGAGGAUCAUCACCUUCAGAUUCAAUCUUUGCAAGAUGAGAUAAAGGCUCUUCAGUCCCUCUUACAGGCAGCUGAAUCAGAGAGAGACAGCAUCCGUCAGACUGUGGAGCUCCAGAGGCUUUUGCAGACUCCAUCCCCAGCAGCAGCCCAGUCCUCGGGGGAGGGACCUGUUGAAGGACGAUCCUCCCCGCAGAAGUCCAGCGCCUCAGGGUCAAGCAGGCGCAAAAGACGGCAGAGGUUGAAGCAGGAGCGCAAACUGGGCGCCGCUCUUUCAGACUGCAGAGAAGAAAGACAAAGGGAGGAGGAAGAGGAGGCAGUGGUGGAGGAAGAGAGUGCUGCAGAGCCAGGGAUGCAGCCUCAGAUGGAAAGCCAAGUGAUGUCACGUUCACAAGAGAGAGCCGGUAAGGAGGACUCCACUGACGGGUACCAGGGAGACGGAGGCAGAGACCACGUCAACAAACGGGUGAGCAGUCAUGGGACGGGCCACCACACGGAGCCACUCGUGUGUCAGGGAGCGGAGGAAGCGGGAGAGACUACAAAGCAUGGUGAGUGCAGGCUGCAGAUGGAGGCCCAGCGCAUCAGCCUGUCUCAGAUCCACGCCGCCCAGCUCGAGCUGCUGCAGGAGGACACGGACGCCCGCACUCACUCUCUGGAGCUGGAACUGCAGAACCUGAAAGAUCACGGUGACCAGGAUGACCCAAAAAUAUUCAAAUACCACGACAUGUUACAAGCUGUGUCAAAAGAAUGCAGUGACAUAAUUCAGUGUUUUCGAAAUAUAUUUGGUGAAGAGUGUUUGGAGAGUGUUGAUGCAGAGGGCCGGCUGCCCUCUUCAGUGGAAAGACCAGAAACUAGUGAAUCCACCUCCAUUGUACUGGAGGCCAGAGAGCUUCUUAGAGAUCUUCAGCAGGUGAGGGAGAGGAUUGAGCACGAGCAUCUUCGUCUGUCACAGGUUCAGGCUCUGCUGAGAGCUGAUGGGAACAAGAUGAUGGAACUGCAGGAGGCAUACUAUGAACUGAAGAGCAGCAGUGAGGCGGAGAUCUCUGACUUGCGUGUGCAAGUUGCUAACUUAAGACCCUCUACAAGCCAAGAUCUGGAGCAAAGGGCUGAUGCACCAUCUACCGGCCUUACCGAGGAACUACAGAGGCUGAAGGCUGAAGAGCAGGAGAAGCAGCUGCAGCUGGAGGAGAGUCACAGGCAGGAGAUGGAGCAUCUCAGAGCUCACUACCAGCAGCAGGCCACAGAGACCGAGGAGCGAUACCUCACGGAGCUCUUCAUGCUGCAGCAGCGACUCCAGGAGGUCACAGGCACUCAGACCCACUUCAGUGUUCCAGAGUCCAGCUCUGAGAGGACUGAGGAGCACAGAGAGGAACUACUAAAGGACCUGGGUGAGGGGGAAUUGUCAGAGGGAGGUGUGGAGUUGCCCUGGCCUGCCAGGUCUGCGGGCCUGACGGCACAGCUGCAGGCGCUGAAGAAAGCUCUCUACCACAAGUAUGUCCAAGAAGUAGGUGCUCUCAAAGAGCAGCACAGCAGGGAGCUGAGGAGACUGAGAGAGGAAAGGCAAAAGGAGUGGGAAAGAGGAGAGCGCCAGGAAGAGAGUGAAGAGAAGGAGCAGGAUCUCAACGGUAUUAACGGUGCUGGAAUUUCCAGUGAGAGCCUCGGGGCGGCUGCACAAGUCCCGCUGGAAGAGAGACAAGACUGGGAAAGAGUGGAGGAAGAAGUUGCCAAGGCAAUAGUCCAGAUGUCCGUUGAGUUUGCACAGCAGACUGAGCUGGCUCGAAUCAACAAGCGUGCAUGCCAGAGGUGCACCUCCAUGCAGACCCAGCCGGAUGAAGAGGAGUCAAAGGAGAGGGAGAACGAGGAGGGGACCCCCAGAAGUUCCCUCGCUUCAGGGGCCUGGCUGGAGGAGGUGGAGAAGGAGAGACUGGAGAGGGAGCUGGAGGAGAGGAACGCCGAGAUCAGAAAGUUAAAAGAGGAGCUGCAGAAAUCCGAACCCGGACCUGAGCAGCCCUUAAAGAAGACAGAAGACAGUCAAGAAGAAGCUGAGGAAGAGGAAGGGGCGUCAAAAAUAAGAGCUGAUGGAGACUCCUCCGAUAAGAGCACUGAAAGAAACAUCUUGCGUAAGGCUAACGAGAAACUUAGUCAGGUGCUGGUUGACGUCCUGAAGACUACAGCAGCAGCAGAGGAAACCAUGGGCCUCCACAUGCAGAGUCUGUCUGCUUCCAGCGGAGGGCAACAGGCGACACCGCCCCACUCCACCACACAGAGAGCUACCUGGCCCAUCAGACCUUAUGCUGCAGGUCACUCUCCAGAAAGUUGCCAGGGCAGUGAGUCCGGCCCAGACGAUGUGAGUUUGUGGUCCGGGGAGACGGAGGCUGAUGAGGGUCUGGAGAUGUCCCAGCAGAUGAUGGAAAACCUGCUGCUGGGGGCGGGGACACAGCUCGAGAAUGAGGAAUAUUUGAUGGGCAUCAGCAGCCGACUCCAAACGGCUCUGGAGAAGAUGUUGAUGGCCAUCACUGACACCACCAACCAGCUUGAACAUGCCCGGAUGACCCAGACUGAGCUGAUGCGGGAGUCCUUCCGCCACAACCAGGAGAUGAACGAGCUGCUGCAGAAGCAGGAGGAGUUGCAGGAGAGGUUGUCCGAGGAGGCCCGGGCACGCGAGCAGCUGGCUCUGGAGCUUCACCGGGCUGAGGGUCUGAUUGACGGCUACACGGAUGAGCGGGCUGCGUUAGAGGAGCAGUUGCGUCAGAAGGAAGAGCUCCAUCUGAUCCUCGAGCAAGAGCUGCAGGUAACAGGUAGCCGUCUGCACGAGUUGGAGCAGGAGAGGCUUCAGAUGCAGGAGGAGCGGGAGCUGCUGUCACGCCAACAAGAUGCCAUGAGGGAGCAUGCUGGGCCCCGUGAGCUUCGCCUAGUUGAAGCUGCAAUGGUUGCAGCACCUGAAGCAGACCUGCUGGAGGAGACCGAGAAGCUGAUGAAAGAGAAGGUGGAGGUCCAGCGUCAGGCGGAGAAGGAGAACACCGACCUCCUGAAGCAGGUGAAGCUGCUGGAGGCGGAGCUGGAGGAGCAGGUCAACAAGGUGAUCGAGCUGGAGCACGCUCAGCGGACAGAGAGCGGAGACCUCCAGCAGCAGAUCCAAGCUCUGGAGAAACAGCUGGAGAAGAACAGGAGGUUCCUCGAUGAACAGGCUGUGGACCGCGAACACGAGAGAGAUUUCUUCCAGCAGGAGAUCCAGAAACUGGAACAACAGCUGAAGAAUCCACAGAAGCUUCAGGCUGGCUCCGAGCAAAGAAACCGAGAGGUGGACCAGCUGACCUCCCAGCUGAAGGAGAAGGCGGAUUGGUGCAGUGAGCUGCUGCUCAGCUCAGAGCAGCUGCGUCGUGAGUUGGGAGAGCGCAACGAAGAGAUUGACAAGCUGGAGAGCCGCAUCCGCGAGCUGGAGCAGGCCCUUCUGGCCAGCGCUGAGUCCCUGGAGAAGGUUGAACAAAAGAAGCAGCAUGCAUCCAUCACAGAGGCACAACACACCACACUGGAGGCUCAGUUACAGACGGAGAGAGAAGCUCUGGAGCGCAAAGAGAAAGAGAUAUGUAACCUGGAAGAGCAGCUGGAGCAGUUCAGAGAAGAGCUAGAGAACAAGAGCGAGGAGGUGCAGCAGCUUCAAAUGCAGCUGGAGAUCCAGAGGAAGGAGAUCAGCAGCCAGCACCAAUACUUAGAAACAAGGGAGAGCAUGCUCCAGGUGAUGGAGGAGAAGGACAGGGAAAUAGCACUUCUUAAUGAACAGAUCACUAAGCUCCAACACAUGGAAACAGCCUCUGAUAACAAGGGAAUUGAUGACAGGGAUGAGCGGAUUAAAGACCUGGAGUCCCAGGUGGAGUGCCUGCAGAGCGAACAGGAACGCCUGAAGAGGGAUAAUGAGGAGGAGCUUGACCAACUGAAUGCAGUUAUAGACCGACUUCAGGAGGAGCUUGCCAAUAUCGAGCAGAAGCCUGCUACAGAGGAAGACGAGGACACCAAGGCUGAGCCAGAGAGCGGCGUAUGGGGGCCAAGUAAAGAGGAAUAUGAUGAAAUGAAGCAGAGAAUGGACGUGGCCACCAAAGAAGUUGAUACACUCAAAACAGAGCACAGUAAGCUAAUGAAGACGUAUCUGCGGUUGAAAGAGAGCGCCAAAGCUUUAGCUGAAACAGAAAACAUUGAGAGCUCAGAGGGUGACCUUGAAGAAGCUCUCAGAGAGAAAACUGCAGGCCUUGUAGUGAUGCAGGCCCAAGUACAAGCUUUAGAGCAGAGUGCAACAUCCAGAGUGCAAGAGCUGGACCUCCGCAUCCAGGAACUUGAGGCGUUGGUUGGUGAAAAGGACUGCGAGGUAAACCGCUGUCGCCUCCUUGUGGAGCAAACACAAAGCUAUGCGGAGGGUCUCCAACAGAAGGUCUCUAAUCUGGAGAAGGAUCUGACAGAGAAAGUGGCUGCAGUGCUCGUCAGCCAGGCCACACUGGAGGCCUUUCAGCAACAGCAAUCAAAAGGAUCCAAAGAAAACCAGGAGAGAGCAGCUGAGUCACAUGUGAAGCCAGACGUGGAGCCACAUGUCUAUGAUUUUGGUGACUUUGGUAUUCCCCGCAUGGAUUUCAGUGGAGCUUGUCAAGCAAGACAAGUUCCUACAGGCAAGGUGGUCCAUCUGACCCAGAAGCUCCGGGAGCUAGAGGUGGGACUCAGCGGGAUGCAGAAAGACCAGGAGCUCCAGAAGCAGCUGCUCUCCAGCUCUGAGGAGGAGGUGCUUGAGUACGAGAGGAGGCUUUCUGUGCUCAUGGAUCUGCUCAGUCAGAUGAAGGGCAGGACACACCAGAGGACAUCACCGGCUGUGGGGGCCUCCUCUGCUGACGACCAGCCGGCUGUGUCUGAGGUUCUUCAGGAGUUGCAGGACGUCAGAGACGAGGCCUCAGCCACCAAAGAGCAGCUCCACAGCUACAAGGAGAGCUGCAGCAGACUCCAGGAGGAGCUCCAAGAAAAAAGUGUUACAAUAGAGGAACUACAGGACCAACUUCAAAAGGUAUCAUCUGUGGGCAGUGAGGAGACCAAGGUGUCUAAGCUUCAACAGGAAUUAAUGAAAGCUCAAAAUGAGGCAGCCGCCACCAAAGAGGAGCUGAACAGCUGCAGAGAGAGCUUGGAGAAGCUACAGGAGCUGCUGCAGGAGCGGGAAAUGACCAUAGCUCACCUUAAAGGAGAACUUUUCCAAGUAAAAGCUGAAGAAGAUAGAGCCAACAUGACAGAGCUUCUCCAGGAGGUCAUAAACGACGCAACUUCCACCAAACAAGAACUCAACAGCUACAGGCAGCACAGUGAGAAACUUGAGGAGGACCUCCAAGUCCGUGAAGUUUCUAUUUCUAAACUCAAAGAGGAGCUCCAGGAUGUGCAAAGGAAUGUGGAUACCACCAAAGAAGAACUUAACAGCUACAGGCAGCACAAUGAGAAACUACAGGAUGAACUCCAAGUCCGUGAGCUCCACAUUUCUAAGCUCAAAGAGGAACUCCAGAACUUACGAACAGCCAUGAUGAAGACGGCAGAUUCUGGUCCUCCUUCCUCUUCUCCCUCCCCCUCCCCCUCUCCAUCACCUCUACCUCUAUCCUCUGCUUCUUCCUCCUCCACCACCCAGCCUAAAAGGAAAGGAGGCAAACAGCCGGCUGGUAAGGGAAGCGGUGCCAAAGAUAGACCAUCUCUCGCCAGGAAAAACUCUGCAACUUCCAGCCAGUCCUCCAGCAAAUCUCACAGCGCUCGGCUAAACAGCAGCUCUGAGCAGCAACAGGCGGCUGUAACACACUCGUUCACGCAGACCGAACCUCCCCAGAUGUCGGACCUUGUUCCGGAAAGCAAGUCUCCAACCAAAGAGGAGAUGGACGAGGUGAUCGGAGAGUUCCAGGAGAAGAUUUUACAGAUGCAGGAGCUCCACGCAGCAGAGAUCCUGGACAUGGAGGCUCGGCAUAUUUCAGAGAGCGAGAGCCUUCGUAGGGACGCACAGGCUCUUGAGGAUGAGUGUAAGGCCCUCAAGGCUGUCAUUGACAAGCUGCGCUCUACAGAGGUCCUUUCAUCGAGACAAGACCGUCCUGCAUCACAGUUCAAAGAUGGCUAUGCAAGUGACAGCAGCUCAGACUACAGCCAGCGGACUGGAUUUGACCUCCCAAGCUUGCAGCAGGAGUUUAGGACGACUCCAGAGGGCGCUAGGAGAGAGACUGAUGAUCCACUGCCUGACCGGAUCAAGUCCUUGCUCCGUGAAGUGCACCAGGAGGGCAUGCAGGUUCUCUCUCUGUCAGAGCUCCCUCUCUCUGAAGGCGAGCCGGGCAGCCAGUUCAACAUCCAAGGCUGGAUGAAGGAAAGAGAUGCUUUGCUGGCAACUGUAGAGUCUCUCAAAGGCCUCAUUACCCAGAUGCAGACAAACAGAGAAACACAGACGCCAGGCUCUGUGGACUGGCGUGCGGAGCUGCUGGAUGCAGUGCGGCAGGUGUUCGUGAGGGAGCGCAGCGUGCUGAAGAGUGUCCUCUACAGCCAGUUGGACCUGCUGGACACCAGUGACGCCAUCGUCCACCUCAAUCAGCUGGAGCGCAGAUUAGCUGAACAGGACGUGCAGCAUAGAGAGGCGAUGGGCUCCCUCCACAUGGCAGAUAGGUCCAGUCUCAUCUCUGAGGUUCAUCAGCUCCGUGGUCAACUAGAGCAACUCCAUCAAGGUGCCCAGCCUGCUGUGUCAUUGGGUGGUGAAUGUAGCGUGGCUGGUGAAGAGGCUGACAGGCUGCUGGUGGAGGAGCUGAAGGGGGAACUGUCCCAGACUAAGCUAGAGCUGGAGACGACGCUCAAGGCUCAGCACAAACACCUCAAAGAGCUGGACACACUCAGGGCCGAGGUUUCACAGAAGGCUGCCGAGGUGGACGCACUGAGCGACCAUCUGACAGAGGAGAGGAAGAGAAGCAGAGAGCUUCAGUGGGCUGUGGAGAAGGAGAAGUGUCAAACUGGGAGAAAGGAGGAGAGUAAACGAGAAGAACUGGAGGACCUGCACCUCGCUCUGGAGGAGCAGAAGAGCCGCGUGGCCCAGCUGACCCUAACCCUGGAGCAGGAGCGCCAGGCCUCGUCCCAGCUCUCCCAGCAGGCUGAACAGGAGCACCUGACCCUCCACAGACGCCUCCAGGAGCUCCAGGUCCAGCUGGAGACAGAGCGAGCCAAGACGCUGGAGAUGAGCACUGCACUGGGGAGGGAGAGGGAGCUGCGGAUGGGUGUCUGCUCAGACGGCAGCCCCUCCAACGGGGAGGAUAGAGGUGGGCUGGAGGAGGAGGGGAGUCUGCUGGAAAGACUGCAGAGGGAGCUGGAUGACAAACAUGUACAGGUGGUUCACCUCCUCAGUCAGGUGGAGGCCCAGAAGCUUGAGGUGGUACGAAAAGAGGAGGAGCUGACUUUGGGGACUCAGAGGUCGAGGUGGGAUCAGGAGGCGCUACUGGAGGCUCGGGCUCAGCUGCAGCAGCUGGAAGCACGAAUGUCCGAGGCCCAGGAGCAGCUGGAGAGAGAGAUGGAGAGGAGGAAGAUUCUCGAAGAAGAGAAGGACAGACUGGAGGAGAGGUUGAACCAGUCAGGAGACCAGAGAGGAGGGAGGAAGGAGAGCGGACCACUACAGGUUCAUGGCCACAGUCAGGCGGCCUGGCACAGCGAGUCCCCCCAACGCACCAAAGACUGGGUGUUCCAGCAGCAGAGUGGAAAUGUUCAGCCAGCGAGCUCCAGCACUUCUCCCCACCCGGAGGUCUCUGUAACAGGCCGCACCAGCGGACCACACCACGGUCCUUGGCGCACAACUGACAAGAUCCUGGGCAAACUCCACCUCGUUUCCUCAAAGAUCCGCAGCAUGGCAAGCAAGACUACUGGAAGGCUGACCGCAGAGGUCGACAGUGAAGAGUUAUCCUGGGUGCAGUCCAAUGUUGAUGAGGUCAUCACCAUGCUGCAGCAAUCACCAGUUCUACCCUCCGUCCCCGAGAGUGUUUCCCUGCUGGCGGGAGGCUCUUCAAGCUCCUCCAACUCCCUGACGGAGCGCCUGCUGAGGCAGAACGCCGAGCUGACGGGUUUUGUCAGCCGUCUGACCGAAGAGAAGAACGAUCUGAGGAACGACACGCUCCGCUUGGAGGAAGAGCUUCGACGCUACCGGCAGGCUGGACUGGGAUCAGGCAACAGUUUCAGCAGCAGGAGAGGAUUGUCAAAGGCAGACUCAGCAGGUAUGCUGCUUUCCCAGGAGCGGGAGGCUUGGACAAGAGAGAAGGUCCGCCUGGAGAAAGCUUUACAUCUGGCCCAGGCCCAGGCGGCCCGACUCAGGGGGGAGAUCAGGACCGACAUCCAGAGGGAGAUAACUGGACCUGAGGCCGACAAUGCUGCACUGAAGAGGAUUUACGGGAAGUACUUGAGGUCAGAAAGCUUCCGCAAAGCGCUGAUCUACCAGAAGAAGUAUCUGCUGUUACUGCUGGGCGGCUUCCAGGAGUGUGAGGAAGCCACGCUGUCGCUCCUCUCCAGGAUGGGCAGCAAGCCGUCUCUCUCCAGCCUGGAGUCCGUCAGCCAGCGCCGCCGGGGGCUGAUGCGCUUCCGUUCUGCCGUCCGAGUCUCUAUCGCCCUCUCCAGAAUGCGUUUCUUAGUGAAGCGAUGGCACAAGGCGACAGGGAUGACCUCCACAACCUCCUGCAGCGUCAGCAAGAAUGGAGCAGGAGCAACAUUAGGUACAGACAUGAGAGACUCACCUUAUCUUCAUCCCAGCAACGUGGACAUGUACAGAGAAAGAGGAAGUGGAGGAGGAGGAGGAGUCUCCAGCAGCAGGGGGCGAAGUGGACGUGAAUCGCCCAGAUCGGCUGUCUCCUCCACACAACACAGGUUUCACAUGGCCGGGGACCAUGGAGCUCUCACCUGUUCCCACCUGCAGAACUACGACCCCGACCGAGCGCUCACGGACUACAUCUCCAGGCUGGAGGCGCUGCAGAGGAGGCUGGGGAGUGUGACAUCAGGUGCUUCUUCAUAUGCUCAAUUGCACUUUGGCUUGAGAAGAUAGAUGCCAUCAAAUUAAUCUGGCUUGAAGAAACUCAGUUGCCUUUUCUCGUGCUGAGCGCUCUGCUGUUUUCUAUCAGUCUGGUGUGGACUGUAUCUUUCCAUGUGGACCAAAACGCAUUUUUUUAUUAAUGUACGACAUGUUGUAUUCAGGCUUUUUUGUCGCCAGCACUUGAAAAACGGCUAUGUUUGUAAUUUAAUCUGCCUCUUUGUUGUGGAUGAACUACGAUCAUGUAUAUUUGUCUAAUGCUAAUUUAAGACCUUGUGAUUAAUUUAUGUUUGUGUUGUACGGGUGGAGCGUUAUGUAGGGAAUGUUUGGGUUUAUUGUUAAGGAGGCUGCUACUGGAUAUUCCACACUACACUGUGUUUUAUUUAGGCCAGACAGACUACAGAGGACAUUUGUAGAGAGCGUAUUUUUGUAACGUGUAGGAGCUUUGAAUUUUCUGGGUAUUUUGUCAAAAACUGAAAUAAAGAGGACUACAUGAUUUUAAA